GGUUCAUUUAAAUAAAACAAAGAAAAAAAGAAAGACAGACAGAAAUAAAAAAUGGGCGAAAUAUACAGUAUAAAGUGUAGGACCAAAGUAUUUUAGGUAUAGCAAAGAAGUAACAUUUGUUGUUAAAUCAUACUAUAUAAGCUCUUGAUCAUAUAUUAUUUAUAUGGCAAUUGCAUAGCUCAGUUAGUGAUAUGAUAAUGGUUGCAGCCAUGUAUGGGAAUAAGGGAAGCCAUGCACAAGUAUUCAUGUCACCAUCAUCGUCAUUGAAGGAAGCAGAUUCAUUUGGAGAAGCUGCAAUUAUAUAUCAAGCUGGCUCAGAUAUCAUCAGAAGUGAAUUAGGUGCUUUUGGGGAGAAGCUUUUAGGGCCAAGCACAGCUUAUGUUCAAAGCAAUUUUAUUAGAAAAUAUUUGUCCAACCCACAGUAUUAUUUCCAAGUGAAUGAUGAGUAUGUGAAGAACAAAUUGAAGAUUAUCUUGUUCCCAUUUCUACACAGGGGAUAUUGGGUGAGAAGCAUUGAGAAAGUUGGUGGCCAAGUCUCCUAUAAGCCUCCAAUUUAUGAUAUUAAUGCUCCUGAUUUGUACAUUCCAUUUAUGGCUUUCGGUACCUACUUGGUUCUUGCUGGCAUCCUCUUGGGCAUCAAUGGCAAGUUUAGCCCGGAAGCCCUAAGCGUGCAAUCGACAAACGGCCUGCUAUGCUGGUUCUUCCAAGUCCUCCUCCUUGAAGCGACACUGCACACGUUAGGGGACGGAGACGUGCCUUUACUUGAUUUUGUGGCCUAUACUGGAUACACUUUCGCGGCGGGGUCGGCGGCGGUGCUGGCGAGGAUGGCCUGUAGGCACUGUUUUUACACGGUGACGUUAUGGGAAAGCUUCUGUAUGGGGAUGUUCUUUGUGAAGGUAAUGAAGAGGAUUCUAAUUUCGGAGAUGAGAAGCUGUGAGAAGCAUUCUAGCAAGCGCCACUAUCUCUUGCUUCUGGUCGCCAUUGCUCAAGCUCCAUUGCUCUUCUGGCUUGGAAACGUUGGUGUUUGAAAUUCGUAUUAUAUUAGCUUUAGCAGACCUUUUUUAAUUCUUUUUUUCUUUUUCUGUUUCAAUUAUUCUAUCAAACUCAUGGUUUCAAAAAAAUCAAAUUGACAUUAUUAUUGAUGUAGCAUCUUAUAUAUGUUCAUUUGACAAUAAGUUUCACAUGUUAAAUAA